UUUCCCAAAAUUGUUGAAAAUGUGGACAUCAGAAGUUUCACUGUGAAAUUUUUUUUUUCUCCGCAUUUUCAAACUUUAAAAUGGUUUAAUUUUGACCCGCAGGACAACAUGAGGGUUAAGAGAUGAGAUCUUACCUAAAGCUGAAGAGCAAUUUGAAUAUAACUACAUUUUUAAGUAAUGUUGUGUUUUUGUGUAUUGCAGUGUUCGCAUGGGCCGCUGCCUGCUGUCUUUUUUGUAACCUUGUUUAUAUUUUUAAUUUGAGUUAGUUCGCCCAGUAAUACACUACAGCUGUGUGAAAGGAUAAAGAACUUGUGCGGGCGAACUAACUCCCUAGAGUUGUCUUUUGUUUUAUGUUUGUUUGAUUUGGGUCACUUCCCCUGUUAAUACCAUCUAUGCUCUGACUCUCCAUACUCGAUCUUGUGGUGUGUUUCAUGUGAGGUGUAUUAGCUUGCAGUUCUUUUACUGUGCCCUAAGUUUGGAGUGAAUUCAUGCAUGUUAUACCUGUGGGUUGAUCCGCUGUUUGUGGUGCUGUAAAAUUAAUCGGGUUCAAUUAGUUUCAGAGACAAAAAGAUGAAGUAAGCGGGGACACCCACUUCUCCUUAUGAAAUAAAUAAUUGUUGAAAAUUACACUGUUGCGUCCAUCGUGGUAUGUAACUUGUGUAACACAAAUAAUAGAUUUGCUUGUUUUAAUAGUAACAAAACUUAGCUUCUUAUCAUUUCGUGCAGGUCAUGGCUAUUACUGGAGGGACAGUGGAGUCUCUGGAUGAAAUUCCAGCUCAUGUGUGGAAAGGUUUGCCCGACUGCCUGAAUCUCAGACCUUCUGCUGUAAAUCAAAGCCGCAUUGGUGUCUGGGCCACGAGAGUUAUUCCUAAAGGCAAGAGGUUUGGUCCGUUUGUUGGAGAGAAGAAAAAAAGGUCCCAGGUGACCAGUAAUGUUUACAUGUGGGAGGUGUAUUUCCCAGCACGAGGGUGGAUGUGUGUCGACGCCACGGACCCCACGAAGGGAAACUGGCUGCGAUACGUGAACUGGGCUCGAUCCAGUGAGGAGCAGAAUCUUUUCCCGCUGGAGAUCAACAGAGCCAUUUACUACAAAGUUUUAAGGCCUAUCGGGCCGGGAGAGGAGCUGCUGGUGUGGUACACAGUGGAAGACAACCCUGAGAUAACAGCUGCACUGGAGGAAGAAAGAGCCAGCAGUCUGAGCAGGAAAAAUUCACCCAGGGCGAAGCGAGCCAGAAGGAAGCUCCUGGAGAAAGCCAGGCAGGCUGGUUUGGGUGGAUUCAAGAAAACAAGUGGAACCAAACCGACUGUCAAGGAGAUGUGGGAUGGGGAAGAAUGUGUGAAGGAGAAGGAGGAGGAUGAGAAGUCAUCAUCCAUGAAGACCUCAAAGGAACUCGAGGCAGCUCAUCCCCUGGGAAGCACUGACUAUAAAGAUGUGCAGGACAUGUCAGCAGCAAUGAAGGACAGGGGAAAUGGGGAGGAGGAGGAGGAGGAAGAAGAGGACGAAGAGGAGGACGGUGACGAUCUGGAUGAUCUACAGCACCAAACAGUUCAGCCUUCAACUGAUGCCAUGCAAAACAAGCAGCCAGGCCCAUCGCUAACCUGUGUUGAAGAAAGCCAUACGGAUUCACAGGUAAAGUUGGAGUCUUCCUCUCUUGUAGGGCGAGAACCAGAGGCUGAUCCUGAUCCUGACCUAGACCCUGAUGGUGACCUUGAAGGUGAUCCACAAGGAGAAUCGUAUCCCUGUCAGCACUGUGAGCGCCGCUUCUCUACCAGACAGGGUCUGGAGCGCCAUCUGCACAUUCAUGCCAUCACCAACCAGCAAGCACAACUGUUCAAGUGCCGGUACUGCAAUAAGUCCUUUGGUUCCCAGGUGGGACGGCGGCGGCAUGAGAGAAGACACGAAAGUGGGUUGAAGAAAAAACCCGGCUCCCUGGCUGGCGCUGCCAAUCUGCUCAGUCCUGUGGUGCAGACUGAUUCAAGUCCUGACUGCAACAGCCCACCUAGUCACUAUAUAGCCAUAGGGCCUCGGUUUACAGGAGGUCAUCUGCAUAACUCCGAGGUGCAGAGAAAGGAGUUGGGGCCUCAUGCCGACCGUCCCUUUAUAUUGGAUGAAAACGGAGAGUCAAAGGAACUCCAUCCCUGCAAAUACUGCAAUAAAGCAUUUGGCACACACACCAACAUGCGCAGACACCAACGCAGGAUACAUGAACGGCAUUUGUUACCAAAGGGAGUUCGCAGGAAAGGCAUGCUGCUGCAAGAGGCAUCAGCGCAACAGCAGCAGCAGCUCCCCGAUGAGUCCCCCAGCACCAGCCCUCCACCUGUCUAUGUGCCCAGCGCUGACACAGAAGAUGAGGUAGACAGGGACGAUUAUGCAGUUGACAUAUCCAAAAAUAUCUCUGAGAAUUUGAGCUUCUACAUUGAUGGCAAGAUUGUGUCCACCAGUGCGGUUAGCAGUUGUGAGGUGAUAGAGGUGGACUCGAGAUCUGCAGCUCUGUUUGGUUUGGACACAGUCAUAAUCAGCCCAAAUCAAAUCAGUCAAGCACUGAAGGUGGAGGGCAGGACAAGUGCUGCAAAGCAAAUCCCCAACACUGGGCAGUCGACAGCCAAAAGGAGAACAUCUACUCCCCCACUUGUUCCCAACCUCAAAGUGGAGACAGAAACGGCUCCAUCAUCUUCAUCAUCCUCUUCAUCUUCCUCAUCCAACUUGCUAGUGGGAGGACUGUUUCAGCAAGCCACAGAUUCGUCAGCAUUUCAGCGAGAGAAGACGGUUUACCUCUCACCGAAGCUCAAGCAGCUCCUUCAAACACAAGACAUACAGAAAUCAACCAUUACCCUGAUAACCGAAAGCCAUAGACUAGCCUCGCCGCUGUCAGUCACACAGCUACAAGGGCCUUCAGGAAAGUUCAAAAGAAGAACAGCCUCUCCCCCAUCCUCUCCACAGCUCAGUCCUGCUUGUAAAACUGAGAGCUGUAAAGCUGAGGUGGCGACCUCCUACACCCUCAAGGUGCCAAAGCUGGAAAGCCACAGUGUGUCACCUACUGAGAGCCUGCUAGACAAAGAUGACAGGGACAGCCUGAGCCCUUCUGGAAAUGCAGUGCAUGGCCAGCCGCCCUCUAGUAGCGGAGGGAAUUCCUGUAAUCAGCAGCCCUUGGAUCUGUCAAACUUUGUCAGUAGGAGAAGUGACACCUUGAACAAGGUGCAUGGGGAUUCAGCCCUCGAUUUAAGCUUGCAUCGAAAGGCCGCUGCAGAGCCUGAAUUAAAGGGAAGUCCAGCGCCACAGCCACUAAUUAAAAAGAGAAAGCCCAACACCAGUAUGCUUGAAAAGGUGCUAAUGAAUGAGUAUGUUGGCCUAGCUCUGCCAGGAGAGGAAGGAUCCUUAACCUUGACAAACCUAAGUUGCUUCCAUUCCCACUCUCCAAAUGUUGCGUCAGACUCAGCCCACCCUUCUCCUCCUUCUUUGACCCCUGUCACCAUGAAUCCCUCUUCACCCGGUACUUGCAGUGUGACAUCGCCAACACCGCCUCCCCCUGUACUACCUACUAUACCGUCUCCACCAGCUAUGCCAAGCUCUCCUCUCUCUCAGCCGUUAGACUCAUCUGCACUGAGACCUCUUCCUGUCCUCUCGCCAAAGAUGUCUCCAAGAUCAGUUGAACACGAGUCCUUGUUGGACACAGAGGAGAACUUCUUAGCUGAGGAGAACGAAGAUAAGGAGGAGAACCAUAUCUCUGAGCCACUGGAUUCCCCAAACACUCCACUUGAAGGUCCCCCUAAUCGUACAGCGACACCAAGCCCUCUGGGGCCUGCAUCAGUAGAUCUGCCCACUACAGAAGAUGAUGUUUCUCUGGAUGCAACUCACAACAGCCUGCUAAAUGGCAAAAUGAACCAAGAUAUUGUCUCACUAACAGAGAAAUCUUUAAAAUCUGACUUUGCUGCUCUGUCUUCCCAACCAGAAUCAUCAUCUUCCUCAAUAUCACCUCCUCCUGCAUCGCAUGAUUCACCCCCAUCUCUAGUUUCACAACCCCUCCUUCAGAUUAAAAUUAAAGAAGAGCCUCAGCACUUUGUAGACGAGUUGUCAGUUAUGAAAUGCACACCUCAGGAGAAGGAGGAUGGUGUUGGCGCUUCCCUUCCCCCUGCUGCUUCUGAGAAACCGUCUGACAAAACUUCUGAGGCAGAGGAAGUCGACUCGACAUACUGUAAGACCUUUGUGUGUAAUGUCUGUGAGGAGCCGUUCAACUCCAUCAAAGAGCUCAGUGGACACAUCACAGAGCAUGCAGCAGACUGGCCCUUCAAGUGUGAAUUUUGUGUUCAGCUGUUUGGUGAGGCUCCGGCCCUGCUGGCUCACCGGACCACGCUGCAUGGAGUGGGCCAGAUCUUUGUGUGCUCCGUUUGUUCCAAAGAGUUUGCCUUUCUCUGUAACCUCCAGCAGCACCAAAAGGAUUUGCAUCCAAAUGAGGCAUGCUCUUAUACUACUGUAGAAAGUGGCAAACUUAGGCCACAGAAUUACACAGAUCCAGCCAGAGCCAAAGAGGAAAGCAGUCCCUCAACACCAGCACCAGAGAUGACGGAUGAAAAUGCUCCACCCAGUGACUCUCAUUUAGCGAAAGAAGAGCCUGAUGUUAACGGUAAUCACGCAGAGGACGGGCCGGAGGACCCCAAUGAGGAGCUUUACACUACAAUAAAAAUCAUGGCUUCAGAAGGAGGGAAGCCCAAAGGCCCUGAUGUCCGCCUUGGCAUUAAUCAACACUACCCUAGUUACAAACCACCCCCUUUUCCUUAUCACAGCCGUUCCCAUGCUGGCUCUGUGGCCUCGGCUACAAACUUCACCACCCACAACAUACCACAAACUUUCAGCACUGCCAUUCGCUGCACUAAGUGUGGCAACAGCUUUGACAACAUGCCUGAACUGCACAAGCACAUCUUGGCCUGUGCCAACGCUAGUGAUAAGAAGCGUUACACCCCCAAGAAAAACCCCAUCCCCCUCAAGCAAAUAGUGAAGAGUCCCAAUGGAGUCGUGUCACCCACAGCAUCCACUGCAGGCCAGAGUGCUUUCCGUAGAAUGGGUCAGCCAAAGAGACUUAACUUUAAUCAAGAUACCGCUAAAACAAAAAUGAGUGCCCUCAGUAAGAAGAAAAAUCAGCUGCUCCAGAAAGCAAUUUCACAGAAAAAUAAAGCCGCCACUACUGCAAAGAAGGCUACCAUCAAAGCUGAAGAAGAGCAGGCCUCUAACGUCUGCCCCCACUGCAGUCGGGAGUUUACUUAUCCUGCUAGUCUGACUAAACACAUGGCAGUCAGCUGUCCCAUGAAGCCUGCUGCUGUUAAAAAGGGCAAAAAAGGUCUAGCAGAGGUGAAGAAAGAGGCAGCGUCUGCGGUAGACAAAAACACAAGUGUUAAGAAGAAAGCUUCAGACUCUGAAAUACAGACGGUGACGAAGCGUAAACCUCUGGGAAAGACCAGAGCUCGUAGCUCGACAGCAGACUCUGAAUCCUUCCAGACGAGCAAAGGAAAAGCUGCUGCUACAGUGAGCCGACUAAAGAGGCCUGCCUCAUUCCCAGCACCAGUUCCUGCUAGCAAAAAACCCAGAAAGGGCCAAGUUCAGUCUCUACCUCCCACCCCUUCAGCCCAGGACACUCCCAGUGACACGGCACAACGGCCAGCCAUGAGAAUGCAGCGUAUGGGCAAAGAGGCCGCAUCCAAGAGAUUAGCAGACGUCAAAUCGCCGCCGCCGCCACCACAACAGUUGAAGAAAGAGGAUCGAUUCUCCCUCCGAACGAGGGAGAGACUGGGUGGUCCUGUCACCAGGAGCUUGCAGAUGGCCAGCACCGCUUCUCCUGCUGAGGUGAAAACGGAGGAACCACCAACUCAAGAGCCAAAAGAGACUCAGGAGGUGCUGAUGAAGUGAGCCAUGUGGACAUUGUUGAGCUCUUCCUGGUAAUCCAGUGUCCAUCUAUCAGGCAACUCCCUGGACUCAUAAAGGCACUGAGGACGACCUUUAACAGUGGUUUUAUUCACCCGAAACAAGUCUGCUUGUCUCAACUGCCUUUUCUGGAUUUAAGGAGGGAACUCUUUUCAUCUUCCAUCUGUUUGAACUGAACUGAGCCUCGACUUUUUUUUUUUUUUUUUUUUUUAAAGCCAGCCUUGCAAAAAAAGGAAACUGUAAAUGACAAUGAGUUAAUAUAUACAAGAUGUGUCAUUACUUGACCCAAAACAGUAAGCUUAGGGCUCCGUUAUUUUGGAAAGCUGAUAUAUUGCAAAUGGCAAUCAUGUAUCAGUUAGGGUUAGGGAAACUUGUUAAUUCUUCGGUUCCGUAUUUUCCCCAUUUGGUUGUUUAGAUUUUUGGAUGUUUCCAGAGUCUCUUAAUGCAUGUUGCUGAACAGAGUAAAAAUUAGAUUAAGCCAGUUCCCAUGUCUCUCCCGACGGGCGCCUACUUCAGUUUAUACAUGAUUUGCAGACUAUGUAUGUUUGAUUUCAAUUUUUGUUGUCCUUAUAUUGUAGAAUAUAUCUUUUUUUUUUUUUUUGGCAUAUUUUUGUUUGGGAAACAAAAAUGAAAAUGGCAGUAGUUUACUGCAACAAUUGGUCCUCAGGAACACUGUAUAUGCGUGUGGUAAGUAUAUGUAUGAUUUAUGAUUGGAUGUGCAGCCCGACAGCUAUUCCUUAGGUCUAAAUCUCAAUAUGUCUCAUGUUUUUACUUGCUUUCUCUUUUGUUUAUCUGGUGUUGGCAGGUAAUUCCAGUUGUGAAAUGAUGGGAAUGAUGUUGUAGUCUCCUUAAAAUAAUGUCUGUCUUGAAAAUAAUUUUGUAAUAUCACUCAUACGGCCCAGUGUUCUUACAGCACUUUAAAACAAACUGCCAAAAUUCUAAGCUGGAUCAGUAAGAUUGGUUUACUUAAACAGUGAAUAAUGGAAUGUAUUCAGGUCUGUUGCACUUUGCAGACAAUGGCAAUUCUGCCCCAAAGUGGAGCAAAUCACUCAUCUGACGUUAGAUAUUACUUUUACUGCCUUUCCUGCCAAAAAAAAAAUCUUCGAACUGGUUGUCAUCAUUAAGCAGUCGGACACAUAAAAAUGACACAUGACACAACUUCAGUAUGCCAAAAUGCAUGAUAGUAACUCAGACGUUUAAAUAAGAAAAUGAGAAUGCAGCAGUGUUUUGUAUUUUUUUCUUGGCCGUUGUAAAUGGACAUGUGCAAAGUUGUUUCAUGUGUCUCUUUUUUUUUUUUAAAUUCAAAAGCCAUGCCACAGUAACUGACAGGUUUCUCUCCUGAAGACAAAGUCAUCUUUGUUUAAGUGAAUCAGUAUAUUUAGUAAGACUGUAUGUGAUGAAAGUGUCAUCAAGACCCCACCAAUGAAAGGCCUCUUAGUUUUAUUAGUUAUUUUUAGUUUCUAGUCUCUUCAGUGCUCACCCAACUUCUUCAUUCUCUACUAUUUCCAGUUGUACCACGGAGAUGGCAAACACAGGCAGUGCUUCAGUGCUUGUAGCAUGUUAUGGGAAAGUAAAUUGAACAAUAUGAUUUGAAGCUAAUUUAUAUUUCCAUGAGAAAUCUUCAUUUUUUUUGCCUAUCAGCAUCAAGAUUAUGUAUUUAAGGAUGAACAAAGACAAAAAUCCCAAAUGACCUCAAGUACAACAUUGCUGUAAUUGACAAAAUAAAAAAAACUUUUUCAA